AUGCUUCAGGCAAAGCCUGAGGGAAAGGAAUCGCCCAAGCUCAACCUGAGAAGCUUGGGUCUCGAGCCCACACAGUUCUCCCCGGCUUCUCGAGAUCUCAUCGCCAAGUUGCCGGACACACCCUCCUCGCGAGCCCUCGUGCUGGACCUUGUGAAGGCCGGAGUCAAGCAGGAGCCAAAGAGAGAAGAUGUUGUAGCCGCCGACGGAAUUGGUGGCAGGAUGCUCUGCCGCAGGUUGGAUCCUGACUUUGCAGGGGUCCAGGACCUCGCCCCCACCGAGAGGGCAGUCUUGGACGAUGCAAAAGCUGCUAUCCGGUCUGGCCUGACGAAAGAAGGUUUGCUAGAGCACGAGAAAGUGCAUGCGAGAAAGGCUUCGCAUGCAGCUGAGGGCGAUCGGCUUUCUUCGAAGAAGUCGAAGCUUUUUGAUCUUUUGGACAAGAAAAAAGAGAUCGAGAGAGAGAUUGAAGAACAACGAGAGCAGGAAGCCUUGGAACAAGCAGAACAGCAGCACAAAAGGGAGCAAGCAGAGAGGCUUCUGCGAGAGCAAGCAGAGAAGGCAAAGGCAGAACAGCUACGACAGGAACAGGAACGACUUCUCCGGGAGCAAGCAGAACAGGCACGUCUCCAACAGCUAGAGAAGGCAAAGGAACGGCUUCUCCAGGAGCAAGCAGAGCAGGCACGUCUCGAACAGCUUGAGGCAAGGGAGCGACUUCUCAGGGAGCAAGCACAGCAGGCACGCUUGGAAUUGGAACGACUUCUCCAGGAGCAAGCAGAGCAUGCACGCAGGGGAAAGGAGCUACUUGACCAGGAGGAAGCAGAGCUCAAACGAUUGGAAAAGGAGCGACUUCACCAGGAGCAAGCAGAGCAGACACGUCGGGAAAAGGAGCGACUUCAGCAGGAGCAAGCACACCAGAGUCGUCUUGAGCAGCUACGACAACUGCAGGUUGCAGAAACCCUUGUGGACCCCGGCUCCCAAGCCAACUGCCCUGAACCUGUCGCCGAUCUGAAGCAGCAGGCGAAAGCAGCCCUUAUUGCCCGCUCUCAGUCCCUAACCAGCCUCUGCUCCGAGCAGUCAACAGCAAAGGGCACUCCUCCACCAGUAUCCUCGCAACCGGCCAGCCACGCCGCCACGCCAACUUCCCCCACCGAGCCCUCGGCAGCACAUGCACGGACUGGGAAGGAUGAUAUCAGUCCGGAGGAGUUGCAAAAGCUGUGCGAGGCCCAACAGGAGCUGGCCAAGAUCAAGAUUAAUUCGGCCACACACAAGUGCGAGUGGAACUAUUUGUACAGGUUGACCACCCCCAAUGCCAAGGGACAGCCGAAAUGCGAUGUGGACAUCUACAACAAAUGGCACGCAGGUGGUGCUACGAAGCAGGAGCUGCUGAGGGACUUCGUCUUGAAGUGCUACAAGCCGAACGACUACGAAGGGAACAAGGGACGCAUCGAGACGUUGAUGAUUUACAGAAGGGAGAAGACAAAGUCCCAGAAAACCAACUUGGUCCGUGGAUGGAACAAAGUGAAAGGAGCCAUGCUGUACUGCGAGAAGCACCGCUUAACAAAGCGGUGCAAAUAUACGGCCGAGCUCAAAUUUUUGGUCGAAUUAGAAGACCGAGUAGACGACGAGCUACUUGUUCGAUUAAAGCUAGAAGAGGAAAUGUCUGCGAUAAACGGCGAGUACUCGGACGACGGCUUCGCCUUCAGCUUCGCCAACGACGAGGGCGAUGAGCCUGCUGCUGGCAAGGACGGCAACAAGAAGGUGGUGCUGGAGGAGUGGCCCGAGAUCAUCGAGGACAACCUGCCCCUCAGGGUGAAGCGGUUCAAGGACAACGCCGUGAAAAGGAAAGCAACCUUCAAGGCCACGGAGGCCUUGUAUUCUGCCUUGGAUGUCGAGAUUGAUGAGUAUCAACUCUACCUCGAUAUGGAGAUGGAAGCUUUGAGGGAGAGCAUCAUGGAGGUUCAUGCCACAAUCCCGGAGGAGUACGAUACAUCUCUGGAAUUGCUACGAGCUGCUGCAGAUGUCUUUACGAGUUUGAGGUAUCAGACGAUCGGCCAGCCCAUGAUACGAAUCACAACCGGCCUUCGCCGACGGAAUCCCAAAGAUGAAGUACCACUUCACUUGCAGUACAUAACAAAUGGCCUUGAUCCAAGUAUGCUGUACAACCAAGUCACCCGUACUUUGGACUUCUUCAAGCAGCUGAUCGUUCCAGUUGAGAGCGACUUCGCGAACCUCAAGAAAGCCCUAGAUGCCAUCCUCGUCACCUACAACCAGGUGUGUGCUGUGGAAACCGGUGCUGACAAGAAGACGCCUCUCGAUGGCAACAGUGGUGGCCGCGACCUCGUCGAUGAAGUCGUCACUUCUUUCAUCGCUGGCAAUGCAACUAAAGCAGUGUCGAUUGCAAGCACCGCUACAAAGCGACCCGUGUCUGCCUACUUGGAGGGUGAACAAGAAACUUGGGAUUUGAAAAAGAUCGCCAAAACCCAUGGCACUGGAUCUGGAAAUCAAUUCCGAGGCCUUGUUCGAGGUUUGGAAAGGACUGGUCGUAUGCUGAAGGUUGCAAUCGAUUACAUCGCUGUUCCUUACUACAAGAAAGGCAUUUGCCAACACCCCAUACUUUCACCUCGAAGGCUGUUUUCCUACAUGCUUGCCAAUGGCUACUCCCGGCUGCUUCUGGGAGGCUACGAUGUGAUAACGGACGAAUCCAGAAUUGUUCUUCGGCAGUGGUGGGAACGAUACAGGGCCCAUGACCCCGGUCAUGCAGUCUUCGGCAACAAACCAUUGGAGGACACAGUGCCGCUGGCAGUGUAUGGAGACGAGGGGACCGGGAAACGAAAGCACCCUUGCUACAUCCUUGCAACAAAGGCAAUGCUCAACUGUCGCAACAGCAGCUACUCUCGCAACUUCUUGUACACGAUCGCUGCCCAUGAGCUAUACCGGGGAUUUCACAAAGGUUCAUCUCACGCAAACGAGUGUUUGGAUGAGCUUGUGCAACAAUAUUCGCUGGAAGCUGGCUCUCUGUUUCGAGAAGGCAUCACUGUGGAUGUCGGUGGCACAGGGGCUGCUGUUCGCACGCUUUACUUCGCUUAUGUUGGCUGUCUUGGAGAUUUGCCUUUUCAGGCCAAGAUCUGGAAGCAAGAGCGAAACUUUCUGUGUGCAGCCUGCUGUCCUUUCUGCUUGGCCACACGAGACGAUCUUUGGGAUGUUUCAGAGCAGCCCUCUUGGGCAUCACCAGAUGUGCCUGCUCCAUGGUUGGAGGAUUCAGUUCUUGCCACGAUCCCUGGGCUGUCAGCUCCUAUUAUGGCCCGACAUGACAUUUUUCACCUUGGACACUUGGGGGUGGCACGCUAUUUUUAUGCAUCCACCCUGGUGCUGCUGUGCCGCAACUUUGGCUUCUGGUCUGUUCGUGGUGCAGACAACUUGAACUCCAGGUUAGCAAAGGCAUAUGAUGAUUUUCGCAGUUUCUGUCGUGGGGUCGUGCAGACCCCCAAUGUGAAGGAGUUUACAAGCACAAACCUCCAUGCAGCACAAACUGGCUUCCCCAAAUGCACCUUCAAGGCAAGCGACUCCGUGCUCAUCAUGAAUUUCUUGGAAGAUUACUUGGAUCGGCCAUGGAGGUUGGAUGACGAAGGGGUCCAGCACACCAUGCUGACAGCGAUUAUUCAAUACAAUGCUUUUCACAGGUGCUGCUGGAAGGCAGAGGAUAGGAGGUGGCUCAGUCGGGAAGAAGCAGCAAAAGCAGCAUGCUGCCUGGAUGCUUUUAUCUCCUGCUACGUUUUGCUGGCCAGGUGGGCCUUCAGAAACUCCAUGUGCCACUAUGUGUUGGUUCCAAAGCUCCACUUCCUCAAGCACCUUGUGCUGGAUAUGCAAAAAGAAUUAGCAAAUCCAGCAGCAGAACACAUUGCCAACCCGGCCAUGUUUGCCACGCCGGACGGCGAAGACUUCGUGGGAAAGAUCAGUAGGCCAGUACGUGAGCUGCACAGCUCUACUUCAUCUUUGGGACGACUGCAAAUCUAUAGGGCAGAGGUGCAACACGCAUGGGCAGGGAAUGGCUAG